AUGCCAUACUACGAAGUGACAUAUAUUACUCGUUCCCUUUCUAAGAAUGAUUUAUUCACAGUGCUUAAGCGAGCAGCAACCACUCUACUUAGUAAUGGAGCUAUUAUCAUGGGAAUGGAAAGUUUGGGCCAUCGAGAUUUACCUUAUAAACGAAUUUCAAGAGUUGAUAAGCAACCUGUUUACACAACGAAUAUGUUCCUCAUGAAAACUUAUAUGCCACUGGAGACUAAAAGAAAAGUACUAGAGUUGGGCCGAAAUGAUACUGAUUUAAUUCAUAUUGCUAUUGUAUCAAGCGCAGAAUUGGAUUGUCCGCCGUUCGAAUGCAAUCUCGAAGAAAUUUUAAAGCCUCCUGCACAAAGGAAAUCUGUGGAAGAUUUGCGAAAUGAUCAAAAAUUAGGCCGUUUUACUCGUCAAAUGAUCUUCAAACGUACAGAAAUGGAAUGGAAAUCUAUUCCUAAAUCAUAUCCAAUACCACCUCCUAGAAGUUAA